AUGGGGUGGAUCUUUUUGGGCUGCAGAGUCGCUGACUCUCCUGCGUUAGCUAAGGAUUUGGGUAGGCUGCUCUUUCACGAUCAGGUCUAUGUCAUAGUUCGGGCAAUCUUUUUUCUGCCCAUCUCGAUUGUGAUCUUCUUUGUGGAAUGGUCACGCGGCACCAGAGAAGCUCCCUUGCUCAAAGUCUCCAGAGAAGCAAAGGCAGAGCAUGCAAAACGCGUGGAGAAGGUUGCGCAGAGUGUCAAGAGCCAAGCAGGGGAAGGCGCUCAGCUUUUUACAUCGCGACCUGAUCGGGAGCGCAUUAGUUCCCGAAUCUUGGCUCCUCGAAAGCAGAAGAUCGACACCAGCGAACUGAAGAACCUCGUGGAGGUGGACACAGAGAAGGGGUUUGCUGUAGUCGAACCACGCCUGCGCAUGGUGGAGUUGUCCCAUUUCUUGCUCUCAUCAGAAGCCCAGAUUUAUCCUCGGGAACGGCCUUGGUCCAGGCAAGGCUACUCCGUCCCAUGCGUUCCUGAACUUGAUGACCUGACGGUAGGUGGGUUGCUGAUGGGCUGUGGCAUUGAGUCCACCUCAUGGAAGUACGGCAUGUUCAAUGAAAUUUGCCAAUGCUACGAGAUUGUAACCUGCACCGGUGAGGUGCAAAGCGUCACUGAGGAGAGUGAUAAGGAGCUGUUCCACACCUUGCCCUGGAGCCAUGGUACUCAUGGAAUUUUGGUAUCUGCCACCCUACGCAUCAUCCCAGCCAAGCCGUUUGUGCGGCUUCAGCUGACGCACUGCGAGGAUAGAGAUUCUUUGUGCAAAACCUUGGAGAGUUCAGUUGGCACUGGGGAUCACGAAUUUGUCGAGGGCCUUGCCUUCAAUCCCAGUUUUGCUGUCGUGAUGACAGGCUCGUACGUCGAUGCACCAGAUGCAUCCGAUGAGAUUCUAUCCCUAGGGAAGUGGCAUGAUCCUUGGUUCUUCAAGCAGGUGCAAGAAAAAAAAGAAGGUGAGGUUUGCUGGAGCACCACCGAAUAUUUGCAUCGACACUCCAAAAGUAUCUUCUGGGAGUUGGCAUAUUUGCAGCCAUGGGGGAACACCAUGUUCUUCCGCUAUUUGUUGGGAUGGAUCAAUCCCCUGAACAUUGCUUUAGUGAAGUCCUACCAGCCCGAGUGGACUAUGAGGUACUACUGCAAUGUCAACGUCAUCCAGGACUACUUAAUUCCUUUGACGGAGCUCAAGCCCAUGUUGGAUUUGGGAGAUGAUUCCUUAGGUGUAUAUCCAAUUUGGCUGUGCCCCUAUCUCAACAAGCACCACGAAGUUCGGAGCAUACAUCAUCCUCAUUCCGACAAAGAUGAAAUGUAUAUUGACGUGGGCUACUACGGCCUGCCAUCAGUGGUGAAUUUUGACAUGAAGUCUGCUUUGCGGCGGAUCGAAGAUUGGCUUCUGCCACGCAAAGGCUUUGUGAUGCUCUACGCCCUGCACACUUUGGGAGAGAAAGACUUGCGACGGAUGUUCAGCUUCGAGGCAUACGAUCGCGUUCGCAGCCGAAUGGGCUCCGCCUCGAUUUUUCCCACCAUCGACGAGAAGGUUCGAGUCGGAUGAACAUGGACGUGGGUCGAAUGCACAUUGGCCCCUGCAUCCCUGGUGAAAACAGACCAGGGUGGGAGAGUCAUCGUUGCAGUGGCAAUGGCCAGAGUGAGUGGAUCUGGAUUUUCCAAUUUCGAACAAUUUGGAUGUUGCUUUGCAAUGCUUUGGACGAGAUUUGAGAAGAUGCUGUUUGUUUCUUGUUUGCUUGAGAA